AUGCUAGGGAAGAGGAAAAGAGACGUUACGGUGGCCUCUAGAGAUAGAGCAGCGGUGGAUAAAGACAAGUCUACGCACGAUAUAUCAUCUCAGGAUGCACAAGAACGACUUCGGAAAUAUUUUGAAUCCCGCUUCGAGCCUCUAGAUUUACCCGUGUCGAAUCCAGGGGGUGUCCAGGAUGGAUCAAGUGAUGCGCCUGAUACGGAUAUCAGUGACGAGGACGACUGGGAUGGAAUUGAGGAUGGGGAAAAGGAGGAGGACUGUGAGCCAGCCCCAGAGGUGGUGGACUACAGCACAGCACCAAUCCAGCGGACGGAGGUAAUCGACAAGGCCACCGCCAGGAAGUACAUGCCCACGAAGAACCAGACCAAGAAGGGUGGAGAAGAAGCUACCGACGACCAGACGACAGAUGCAGCGAACCUGAAGAAUGACCUAGCUCUUCAACGUUUGCUAAAGGAGUCUCACCUUCUCGACUCUGCAUCUGACCUUAACCCGACUGGUGUCAACAGACAUAAGGCCAUCGACCUUCGUGCGCAAACCGCGGGUGCAAAGACGUCUAUCUACACCCAAAAAAGUAUGCCAAUGUCCCACCGGAAGGGGAUAUCCGCAAAAGCUACACAGAAAGAAGCGAUACGACGACGUGAGGCGCAGGAAAAUGGAAUCAUUCUAGAGCGGCCCUCGCUUGCAAAGUCUAAGCUAGCUGUCAAAAGACGAGAUCGCGGUAUCGGCGGUCCGUCGGUGGGCAAGUUCGUUGGCGGAACUUUGAAACUCAGUCGUCAGGAUGUUAUGGCGAUUCAAGGCCCGAAGAUGAAGACUAGGAAGAAGGGAGCCAAAUCAUCUAGAAAGGGAAAGGAGAGACGCCACUAG